GAGAGAGAGAGAGAGAGAGAGAGAGAGAGAGAGAGAGAUCGAAGCCAUGGUAUCCAGACAGGUGCGGAAGAGAGAUCCAAUAUACAAGAAACUUCAAUCCCUUCGUUCAAUCUCCAACUCCCCUGCGCACAGUAAAAGCUCAAUUAUAUUGGAUGCAGUAACAUAUAUACAAGAACUGAAGCGAAAAGUGGAGGAAAUGAAUCAAGAGAUCGUUGCUGCCAGAGCUCAAGUCUCAACACCCGCCCAAAACCCGUUCCCUAUGCAACUGAAAGUUGAACCUCGAGAGGAGGAUCAAGCAGGUUUUCAAAUAAAGAUGUUCACUGAAAAGAGUUGCAGUGGGUUGCUUGUUUUCGUAUUAGAAGCGUUUGAAGAGUUAGGCCUAGAUGUUCUUCAAGCUAGGGUUUCUUGCUCCAACAAUUUUCUUUUAGAAGCAGUGGCCACAAUUAACAAUGACGACCAAAAUGGUGAUGAUCAUAACAAAGAUGCCGAGGUAGUAAGAAAAGCGAUGCUGCAAGCCAUUCAAAGCUGGAGUGAAGUUUCCCAAUAAGAACAAUGCAAACAACUCUCUAUCUUCAUUCUUCAAAAUCUCUUACCAUUUUCUUCUAUCUUCUGCCAUAUUUGCCUUUCCGUCUUCCCUAGUUAAUGUUUUCUAUGUCAUAAUGUUGUCAUUAAAUCAUAUAUAGCUAAGUGCCUAGGUCAUAUAUUCGUUGUUCUUCUUAAGUGGUUACUUAUAUAGCUAGCUAGAUAUAUCUCUCUAUUACAAUGGAGAUUCGAAGGGAAAGAGACCCUGACUUUGGUAUUAAUAUGAGAAU